UUUACAAAACAAACAAACAUCCCCCCACACACACUUCCUAUCAUUUUCACCAACUAAACACACACACUCUUCAAUUUCAUUCAUAUCCUUCUUCCCCAAGGAAACCCCCCAUUUAUUUCUUCACUCCUACAAGGUACAAUUUUGGCUUAAUUUCUUUCCUUUUCUGGGUCUGAUUAUACAUAUAUAUUUUGUAUAUAUACAUAUAUGUGUGUGUCUAUAUAUAUGUGUGUGAUUGUAUGUAUUUGUAUAUGUGAGUGAUAUGUAAUGCAUCAAAAGAAAUCUGAAGUCCAGAUCGGAAAAGAUAGCACUGGUGUCUCUUCCGAUUUUAAUCCCAACCCUUUAUUUUCAUUUCACUCCCCUGUUAAUUCCCCUAAUUUCCCUUUCGCCCCCUCUCCCUUUUCAUCUCAUCCAAAUAAUGUUAAGGUUUUAGUCCCUCCUGCAAACCCUAAUUCCAAUUUUCAACACCAGAUUGUAAUUGAUGAUGAUAUUGAAUUUGACCCGAAUCCGACGCCUAAAUCCACACCUCAUAAGAGACCCCUUUUUUCCCAAAUGCCCGAAAGUUCGAUAUCGAGGAAAUCGUUGAAUGCCCGGUUAAAAAGUUACAAUUUUUCGUCUAAAUUUCGUUAUAGUAAGAGGUUAUGUAACACGAAAGCUGCGGUUUCUCGUUUGAUUAGCCGGUUAAGACAUGUUCGGAGGUUAAGGACUCACUUGAGGUUGAUUUUGUUACUUUCGUUGCCGUUUUUUUAUUUCUUGGUUUCACAUCCUAGUAGGUCGUUUUUGCUUGAUUUCUUGUCGGCGUUUGCGUUUUCAACUGCGUUGUUGUUUUCGUUAAAUCUUGCUUUGCCUAGACUACCAUCGAUAAGAUUGUUUCUGUCAAGGUCUUUCCCAAUAAAGUUGUGUUCGUCGUCACAUCGGUCAAGGUCGCAUUUACCGGUGUUUUGGUCAAUUGGGUCGAGGCAGAAAGGGGAUAAAAGAGGGAGUUCGGGUUGUUGGGUGCAAGCGUAUAAUAAUGGUGAUGUUUAUGAAGGGGAGUUUCAUAAGGGUAAGUGUUCAGGUUGUGGGGUUUAUUAUUAUUAUAUGAGUGGACGGUAUGAAGGUGAUUGGGUUGACGGAAAGUAUGAUGGAUAUGGGAUGGAAACGUGGGCGAGAGGUAGUAGGUAUCGGGGGCAGUAUCGUAAUGGUUUGAGACAUGGGUUUGGUGUGUAUAGGUUUUACACGGGUGAUGUUUAUGCGGGUGAAUGGUCAAACGGUCAGAGUCAUGGUUGUGGAAUUCAUACUUGCGAGGAUGGUAGUCGUUAUGUUGGUGAAUUCAAAUGGGGCGUUAAACAUGGUCUUGGACACUAUCAUUUCAGGAAUGGGGAUACGUAUGCUGGAGAAUAUUUUGCGGACAAGAUGCAUGGUUUUGGAGUCUAUAGUUUCGCAAACGGGCAUAGAUACGAAGGAUCAUGGCAUGAAGGGAAAAGACAAGGACUUGGAAUGUAUACUUUCAGAAAUGGAGAAACCCAAUCUGGGCACUGGCAAAAUGGCGUCCUUGAUGUCCCAAGCUCACAAAGUGCCACAUACCCUGUUUCCCCUGUCGCUGUUUAUCAUUCCAAAGUACUUAAUGCAAUUCAGGAAGCAAGAAGAGCUGCUGAGAAAGCAUAUGAUAUAGCCAAAGUUGAUGAAAGAGUUAACAGGGCGGUAGCAGGCGCCAAUAGAGCAGCCAAUGCUGCUAGAGUAGCUGCCAUAAAGGCAGUACAAAAACAGAUGCACCAUCGGACUAACAGUGACGGCCUUCCUAUUCCAAUAGUGCAAAACUUCCAUCAUCUAUCCACUCAACUUUCAAUAUGACUCUAUGCUGGGCCUAGUUUUGUUUUGACGUCUUGUUUAGUUUCAUGUCUUCACAUUUUUGCUCAGAGAGAAAAAAUGAAGAGGGAGGCGGUGACUCACAGAAACUUGAGGGGUUUGUGGUAUGUUGUUUGUGUGUUUUGUGUUUUGUGUUUUUACGUGUAAAGUUUAGGGUUAGAUUAGUUGUGAUGCCAAUGGGAAGUUCAAAACUCAUUAUGGCAUUUUAUGUGUAUUAACAAAGAACAACUACUACUUCUACUGAUGUUAUAAGAAUCCAAAUCCUAAUAUUUCUUGGAUCCUA